CUGCCAUUACGUUUUACCGUAAAACUAAUAUGGCGUCUCAAUUGUAACAUAAGUUGGAUCCCGGCUUAUUAAACGACUAAAAACACAAAAAAAGAUAGAAAUACGCUUUUCCAAGAGAUUAAUACAAGUAUAUACGGUCACAAUGCCAAUUUCAUCAAGUGUAGUGCAACAGCACAAAGCUACAUGCUGGGAUAGGGUCAGAAUGGGUUUCACCAUGGGUUUUUGUGUUGGUAUAGCCUCUGGUGCAAUUCUUACAGGAUUUUCAGCCAUCAAAUACAGAUUAAGAGGAAGAGAAUUGAUAACUCAACUUGGUAAAAGUAUGAUUCAGGGUGGUGGUACAUUUGGUGUAUUUAUGGCUAUCGGAAUGGGAAUACGAUGCUAAUACUUUAGAAACUAUAUAAACAGAGCACCUUUACGUUACAUAAGCGCAACUACAAGAACAUCAUCCAUCGGGUUUGUUUUUCCUGGUAUAUUUAGUCCGAAACUUAAAUGACGGAUUUUGUGAGUCAUGUUAAAUUGAGACGAAGAAUAGGGUUGCACAUCAUGUACUGUAACAAAAAGAAUUUUUUAUUUCCUAUAAGAUUAUCUAAUAACUUGAAUGGGUAUAAAAUUAAAUUAAUAACAUUUCUUUUUAACAUGUUGAGUGUGGAGCCGAUUUUGCUCUACUUUCCAUUCAAAUAGUACGCAAUGAUGAUUACUCAGCGAGAUGUUCAUUUAUAAAGUAUAAACAGAACAUAACACUUACACUGUAAUGAUGAUUGUGUUUUAUAGUCUGUUUGGGCUAUAGGAAUAGCAUAGUCAAUAUAGAAGAAUAUAAAGGAUAAACAAUAGAUAAUCAGAUGAGGAAUAGUAAAAAAGCAACUACCAAGGAAAGCCAUUGCUCAGAUAAAAAAUUCACUGUCAGUUUUCAGGGACUGACAUCGUGCUUAAUGUAUUAACAUAAAUGAAUAAAUUUUAACAUACCA